UGAAAUUGUCCAAUAUUUCUCCCAAUACUGUGGUUAUUAGUACAACGGAGGCUAGUGGAGAUGGAAGUAAAUGAAAAAAUGCUGCUCCUCUAUGUUCUUUGCUAUCCAUGUCAUUUGUCAUGUAGACUUGAACAGUGGUGCUUUGCAACCAGAGUCUACCCUCUUUAUUGGCCCCAUGUGGAUAUUCCACUCAUCCUCACUUCUCCACAAUAACCAGGUCUUUUUUUUCAGAUUAUAGUGAUUGCUGGAAGAAAGAGGAAGAGCCUGAAGAUCUGCUUUCACUUCUACGAAAGUGAGUAACUUUCCACUUCAUCCUGAGUCCUUCCUACUGCUGCCUAUGACAUCAUCCAGCAACACAAAGCUCUCAUAGGGGAGGAAGGAGCCUCAGGUGGGGCAGUAUGUGUCUAAAGCUCUGGAGUUAUGGGACAUCAAGGGCUUUGUAAUAUUAGUGAGUGGGGCAAUGAGGAGCCAUGGAUCACAGGUGUUAACCCCUGCACCACCUGCCCUACCUCCUGUGCCCAUCUGCUCCUGGCUGAAGCCUGUGCCUCUAUCUCUUGCAGCCACCUACAGAAGCUCCAGGAUGACAGCAGAUUUCAUCAGCUCAUAAAAGGAGAUGACCCAGAUAAGUCAGCUGGAGUCCAACAAUCACAUACACUGCCUGUGGAGGAUACUUUGGCCACUGCCUUCUUCCCUUUGGCUUCCCUGAUUUCUUUGAGCAAGCGCCCUCUGCUUCUGGCCUCUACUUCCUCACCAGACCUAAUGACUUCCUCAGAUACUCUUGAGUCUCACUCAUCCUUGAGUGCUUCUAAAUCAAGAGAGUCUAUGAUUCCUCUAGAACAACGUUCACCUCAGCCACACAGAAUUUCCUCUCCACAAUCUCAUUCUCCUGAUCACAUGGCCCAUUGUGCAUCUCUGCCAAGCCCCAGCCUGAAUUCUUCUCAGUGUGACUCAAUGACACUUUCACUGGGAACCAACCCACAGAGCUCCUCUCCACCCAAAAAAUAUUGGUUGCCUUCUCCUGUCCCACUGCUAUCUCCUGUCUCAUCGCCUUCUCCUGGCCCAUCAUCUUUUCCUGUCCCAUUGCCAUCUCCUGUCCCACUGCCAUCUCCUCUCCCAGCAAUUUCAGGCCAUAUUCUCUCCACCUGUCCCAUCUCAUCUCUCUCCUGGUGGCAGAUGGCUGCCAGAGUCUGUGACCUCUCUCACUCCCCACACAGUGAAUCCAAGAGAGAUCAUGCUUCUCACCCACCAGAGGACACACUCUGGGGAAACCACCCACACUCUCAGGUAGAGACUGAAGGGACCUCUUUCAUUAAUUCCAACGCCCAGAAACUAUUGGAGAUACUGAUCAGCAAGAGAGCAGAAAGGAAAAUUUGUAAUUUGAAGACAAAAAAUGAAACAGUCUACUCCCUGAAUUCUCAGGGAAGCAAAGUAAAGUCACUGGGCAGGGAGCAGAAUACUACCAUCUGGAAUACAAAAGGAUACUCAUGCCUAAAGGCACAGACUAAACCAGAGAAGCAGCCUCAAGAACGGACUACUGACAUCAUCCUGCAAGACUGUGCCACUGACAUGUUUCAUGAGGACUGUGGCCCCAAGGUGCUCUGGACUGCAAAUAUCCUAACUUCAGAGGAGAGAUAG